CAAAAUCCCGAGUGUGGCCACAUGAAUGGGGGACUGGGCUGCCAGAUGUUGUUAUAGAACCAUAAAAUUGUAGAGUUCUAAUCCAACCUCGCGCAAUGCAGGAAUCUUUUGCCCAACAUGCAUGGGCGUAGCCAAGGGGGGCAGGGAGGGGGCAGCUGCCCCCAUCAAGUAAAGCAAUAGAAAUACUUAACUGAGGUUCUGCCCCCCUCCACAAAAAUCCAGGUUAAGCCCAUGUCAACGUGCGGUUGGAAUCUAUGACCCUGAGAUCCGCUUAUAUACCCCACCUUUUCCUCAAACUGGGACUCAAGGCGGGUUACACAAAUUAAAACGGCACAUAGGCACAGAAACAGAAAGAGAAAACGUGGGAAAUAACCGCUGAAAAAACAAUUAUUACAAAAUUAAAACCAUGCUUUAAGAAACACAACUAGCACAAAAGAGCGCAGCACAAGUUAAAAGCCGACUCCUUAGAGUCCCCCCAAGCCUGCCGGGGAGGAGAGGAGCGGGGAGGAGCCGGGAAGGAGGCGGCCGCGGAGGGGCGGAUCGGACAUGGCUGAUGACCGCGCAGGCAGCAGCCGCCUAGCCGAGGUUCAGCGCCGCGUCGCCCAGGUGCACCACGAAGGCGAUCCGGAGCAGGAGCUCCGUUUCUACGACGGCUGGGCUCCGGAAUACGAAGAGGUUACUCCUCCUCCACCCCCUCCUUACCCCGCUUCGCUUCUGCCCUUAGUUCGUCCCCUCUGCCUCCUGGGACCAUUCUUCUCUUUCAUUCCCUAAGGAGACUCUUGAGCGCGUGCAGAGUUCUGCCUUUCUCUCUCCUCCCAUGAAUCCCGGGUCAGCAGUUUAGCCAUCAUUUUAAAGGGCAGACUGGGGGUGGGGAUUAGAGAAAUUGAGUGUUGGACCAGGACCUGGGGGUACAGGGUUCAAAUCUACCACUCAGCCAUGAGGCUCAGAGACCUUGGGCUCGCUGUCUCCCAGCCUGCCCUUACCUCAGAGGGUUGCUAUGGAUAUGAAAUGAGAGGGAGGAACCAUUUGCUUCACCUUCAGCUCCUUUGGAGGGAAAGCUGGGAUAUAAAAGGAAUACAUAAAUAAGUAAUAAAUUAAUGGAUAGAGGUCCCACCAUCAUCUCACCUAAAUAGAACCUCCACGUUCAGAGGCAAUCUACCUUGACACCCAUUGCAGCCACAGGAUGCAUGAGAUAGUUGGGCAAAUAACAGGCCUGCUUGUGGGCUUCUCAGAGGCAGCUGGUGCUUCUAAAAUAAAGUGGAUACCUAGCUUGGUGGACUUUGGGGCCAAUUUUGGCAAAGCACACCCGCCCUUCUGAAUUUAAAUCCCCCCAAACCCAUCUUCUCCACCUGGGCACAAUAAUUAAUAAUAGAGAGGGUGUUCUUGGGCAUAUGUAGAGUGCCGGCAUCAGAAAGGCAGUCCGCCAUUGAGCAGGCUUGCUUUAGGGGCUGAUGGGAGCUGGGGUGCAAAAUAUCUGGAUGGUUGGGGAAGGCUGGAAAAUCAAAAGGGUCCCUCCUACUAGAAGGAAGAGUGGUGUAAAAAUAAAGUUAAUAAUAGCAGGUAAUGAAAAGAAGAUAUUUCAACGCACACACAAUAUCGUAAGUAUUGCCUGCUGGAUCAGGCUAAUGGCCCAUGUGAUCCAUGUGUUUUUACAGUGGCCAGUCAGAUGCCUAUGGGAAACCCGCAAGCAGGAUUUGACCGCAGGAGCAGCACUCUCCCCUCCUGCGAUUUCCAGCAGCUGGUAUUCAGAAGCAUUGGUGCUUCGAACUGUGGAGGCAGAGCCGAGCCAUUGUCGUCUGUAGCCUUUGUCCUCCACAAAUUUAUCCAAUCCUUUUUUAAAAGAUAUCUGACUUGGUGGCCAUUAUUUCCUCCUGUGGCCACGGGUUCCGCAAUUUGACUAUCCAUGCCUCACAUGGAAUCCAACCAAGUGAAGAGGCCAGAGAGAAGAAUUGCUUAUAUCAGAAGGAGGGUGAAUUAAUCAGGACGGGAGUUAAAAAAGGAGUCAGCCACCACUUGGGUUUGGGGGAGAAUUUUGAUUCAGUUCACAUUUGCAGGUGAACAAGUUCUUUCCAGAACAAUACAAACCACAGCCACCCCUCAAAAUUUGCAGUACUCCAUAUUUUGCCAUGCAGCUCUCCCAACGGUUACACAAAUGCAUAUAUUAGCAGAAAAUGUGCAUAAGAAUAAAUAUGCCACUAAAAACAACAUACAGAAGUGGAUUAUAUUAGGGAAAAUUGCUUGCAGAAAUGUUUGCUGGUCAAAACUGCAUACAGAAAAAUCGGUAUAUUAGAAGAAAUUCACACGAAAAUGGUGAUGAAUUUUCCUGAGGAUUUUUUUUAAAAAAUGCAAAUAUAUGUAGAAAUGCAGAGAAGUGAAUUCAAGACUGGAAAAACGAGAAAGAGAGGUCUGAAAAUGACAGGUCCAUCCUCCAUCCAUCCUUACCAUGGCCAUUUAGCCACAAGCACAUCCUUUUCUCCACUCAUCUCCCAUGUGCUAAGAACUUGCUGGAUUCAGCCAAUGACCCAUGUGGUCCAGCAUCCUGUUCUUACAGCAGACACCCAGAUGCCCCAAUGAAAAACCCUCAAGCAGGACCUGAGCACAAGAGCCCUGUCCUCUCCUGUGGUUUCCAGAAACUGGUAUUCAGAAGCAUCGCAGCCUCCGACUCUGGAAGCAGAGCAGAGCCAUCAUGACUAGUAGCCAUCAAUAGUUCCCUCUUCCAUGAAUUCCUCCAAUCCUUUCUUUAAAGCCAUCCAAGUUGGUGGCUCUCACUGCUUCCUGUGGCAGUGAGUUCCAUAGUUUAACUAUGCCCUGUGUGAAGGACUUUCUUUUCUCUGUCCCGAAACUUCCAACAUUUGGUUCCCUUGGGUGUCUAUGAUUAGAAAACUUUCCUCUAUCCAUUCUCUAUCCUAUAAACGCCUAAUCGUGUCUCUUCUGGUUCGCAUUUUUUCCAGACUGAAAAGUCCGAAACGCUGAUAGCUUUUGCUCCGCCUUGCCAGUCCCUCCCCAGGCCCAACCUGUUUGGGGAAAGGAGGAUUUUAUUACCGCAAAUGUCUCCAUCUCAGCCAAGGUCCCCUGGAACUGGGCAGAGCCCAAGAUAUCUGCUCUCCAACUGCCCUGGAACACCUGGAGCAAUGAAAUCAGGACGGCAGGGGGAAUGGAAUGUUUUCUUUGGAUGUGAAAAGGCCAAAAGUACAAUUCCUAGCAGAGCCAUAAGUUCUGUGUGUGACAAACCUUCCUUUCACUUCCUGCAGCCAAUAUGGUGUUUAGUUAGACGUAUGCUGCAAGGGGUUAAAAAUACCAAUGCCGGGAGGUUGGAAAAGGUUCAGAAAGGGGCAACCAGAAUGAUACAGGGGGUGGAGCAACUUCCCUAUGAAGAAUGGUUGCUGCAUUUGCAAUGGCUCCCAAUCGAAUGUUAAAAACAAUACUGACAUGAUAGGAGCUUACAUGAUAGGAGUUUAUAAAAUUAAGCACCGCAAGGAGUAAGUGGGUAGAGGAAAGUUUGCCUCCCUCUCUCAUACCACUAGAACUUGUGGACCAGUGAAGCUGAAUGUUCAGAGAUUCAGGACUGGUCAAAGAAAGGAUUUCUUUGCGCAAUGCAUGGUUAGACUAUGGAACUCCCUCCCACAGGAGGCAGCAGUGGACACCAACUUGGAUGGCUUUAAAGGAGGCAGUAAUGCUUCUGAAUUCAGCCCAGACACUGAGGUCCAGCUGCGAGGGCCUUCUGGUGGUUCCCUUGUCAAGGAGAUAAUUGACUAUACAACUUUUAGAAGACAUCUAAAGGCAGCCCUAUAUAGGGAAGUUUUUUUAAAUAUUUGAUGUUUUAUUAUGUUUUUUAUAUCUGCUGGAAACCACCCAGAGUGGCUGGGGCAACCCAGUCAGAUGGGUGGGGUAUAAACUAAAAAUAGCAAUAAUAAUGAUGAUAACAACAACAACAACAACAAAAAACUGUUGCUGGAAACCACAGGAGGCGGAGGGUGCUCAUGUGUUUGUGUUGGCCACUGUAAGAACAGGAUGCUGGACCAGAUAGGCCAUUAGCCUGAUCCAUUGGGCUCUACUUAUGAAGUUCGGUCCCCACCCUGUUCCUGACUAGACCUCUUUUCCCCUGUAGGAUGUUGCUGUCUUGCAGUAUCAAGCCCCCCGACUGGCUGCUGCCUGUUUGGCCUCCGUUUUCCAGGAACCCCUCCAGGACGCUCUAGUGCUCGAUGUGGCCUGUGGCACAGGACUUGUGGCCAAGGAGGUAACUGGGGCACCCCAGCCCAAUCUCAGCAGAGGGCAUCGUAGGGUGUGUCUCCACCCGUGUCAUUGGCCAGACCUGGGGACCAUCAGCUGAUGUAUCAAGUUAUUUGGGGCACAGUGAUCUCACCCUGCUGUGAACUGCCCCAGUCUGAUGGUGCUCUCGUCUCUGGGAAAGACGAGCAUCUUAAUGAGGCUGCCACUUGAGUCACGGGGUCUUAUUUCAUUGAAUCUAGUUUUUAAUGGAUUAGGAUGUUCAUUAAUAUUUUUGUGCUAUUGUUAGGAGUUGAUCCAUCGGUUAAACUGGGGCAGGGAAUAUUUUGCAGCCUGGGGGCCAUAUCCCCCUGUGGAGACAGAGCAUAGACAUUGUGGUCAGUAGCCAUUUAAACCCUUAUUAUUCUCCAUGAUUUUGUCUAGUCCUCUUUUAAAGUAUCCAAGUUGGUAGUUAUCCCUGCCUCCAGUGGGAGAGAGUUCCAUAAGAAUGUCAGAGGAGCCAACUGGAUCAAGCCAAAAGCCCAUCUAGCCUGUUCUCACCAUGGCUGACCAGGUGCCUAUUGGAAACCUGCAAGCACUAAAACACUCUCCCCUCUUGCAGUUUCCAGCAACUGGUACCCAGAAGGCUGUGCCUAUAUUGUCCAAAAUCAGUUUGAAGUCCAUAUCGUUAUACCAGUUUCAUAAUUUUUCACCUGGCAAUAUAUCACAAAUCAUGAAAUGUUUGUGUAAAUCAUGGGGAAAACUGUGAAGCCAGCCAAUGCCUCUACAGAGCUCCCCAUCUUUAUUUCAGACACUGUAUCGGUAUAUCAUGAUGUUUAGCUGGCGAUCUAUCACAAUGUUGAAAACCAGAUAUCGCCCAGCUACCCCGACACCAUCCCUAUCUGGCUCCUGCGGGUGUCACUUGUGGUGUCCAGUAAGCUGGCGUUUGAUUGGCAAGCAGGAGUGGGUGUGGUUCCAGGCUGAUGUCGUGUGACUUAAGCUGCACCUUCUAAGCUGCAGGCAAAAGGUUUCUGCCGCCUCCACGGCCUGGAUGGCAGUAAGGGGAUGCUGGAACACGCGUGUCGCAAGGGGAUCUACCAGGAUCUGAAGAGGUGCCUCUUGGGGCAGGAAGCCUUACCAGCUCCUGAAGGUAACAGGGCCAAGGGGUGCACCACUUCCUGAGAAAUGGGUUGAGUGGGUGGGUGAGUGGGUGUGGGUUAGGGUGCAGGGGGUGAGGCUGUGGUGGGCAAGGCGAUGCUGUUGCUGCUACUUCCCUGCAUUAACCUCUGGAACUCACCCCAAGGACCUAGUGCAUUGUCUGGGGCUACUCCCAGAAUGACAAUAGUCUGUCACUUGUCAGGAGUGGGUCAGCAAUAAAUCACACGGAGCAAGUGAAGUUAACUAUGAGAAGAAACAAGGUCUGCUCAGUAGCGCCAGGCCUAAUGAGCACAGCAAGUAGAUCUUGCCCCUAUGAGUCAGUUGUGGGGACUGAAGGUCCCUGCCUUCCCACAGCUGGCCAAACCUCCUCCUCUCCCAGGUCCUUCCCAAGCAAUCUGAGACUGCACCGGUGCAUCCGUCUCUACUCCUCCCUCUUCAUAUCUCUUAUGUGGUUCCGGGAGACCAGAGGGGAAGGGGGAAGCAGGAGGGGAAGACACCUGUGCCUCUUAACCAGCCUGCCUGAUCUCUGCCUCUUGGCCUCCCUCCCCUCCUGCUUCAGCUUCUGCCUCUGAUUCUGGACUUCUGUCUGCCACAGACCCUUCCUGUUCACUAAACCCUGUUACCUCUUCAGCUUCCGACACCACCUCCUCCCAGUCUUCCCCCUCUGACCACUCAGCAUCGUCCCACCACCAAUCCCCUGGCUCUGAGCCUUCUUCCCUGGGGAGUUCCCCAGCUGCUUCCUCCCACCAUUCCUCUGCAUCUAGCCCAGGCUUCCUCAGCCUCGGUCCUCCAGAUGUUUUUGGCCUACAACUCCCAUGACCCCUAGCUAGCAAGACCAGUGGUCAGGGAUGAUGGGAAUUGUAGUCUCAAAACAUCUGGAGGGCCGAGGUUGAGGAAGCCUGAUCUAGCCAGCCCAUUACAUCACUUGAGACCCAAGUGGGAUCAGUAAUGUGGAGUGUUGUUUUUGCAGUUCCGUCCAGUUUGCUGGUGCAAACUGUUCCUGGGCACGGUCAUUCAUGCUGUAGUAAAAACAAAACGAUAACCUCCCCAAUCUGGACUCCUGUAAUUCUCUCCACAUGGGGCUGCCCUUGAAGAUGGUUUGGAGACUGCAGCUGUGCAAAACACAGCAACCCGAAACCUGAUGGGCUUUUCCUGCCAAGGAGCAUGUUACACCUGUCCUUAAACACCUGUGCCAUUUGCCUGUUCAUCCCUGAGCCCCAAUUCAAAGCGUUAGGCUAUUUUUAAAAAUGAAAAUGUAUUUAUUUGUAUAAAUAAAUAACCAGUGCUGUUGCUUCUGACCAGGGUGCUAUGACGCUGUUCUGAUCGUGGGGGCGCUCAGCGAAGGACAGGUGCCCACCAGCGUGGUUCCAGAGUUGCUUCGUGUCACCAGACCAGGUGGGGCUUGUGCAGGAGAUGCCCUGUUGCAGUGGGGGUUGUGUGUGUGUAUAUAUAUGUAAAACAGGAAGCAUCACCUAGGUUCAUCACUGGAAUGUGUACAGAGGAGAAGCGACCAAGAGGAUCAAGGGCCUGGAAAAUUAGCCUGAUUAGGAACAGUUGAGGGAGUUGGGGCUGUUUAGCCUGGAGAAAAGAAGACUGAGAGGUGAUAGGAUAACCAUCUUCCAAUCCCUGAAGGGCUGUCACAUGGAAGAUGCAGCAAGCUUGUUUCUGCUGCUCCAGUGAGGAGGACCCAAACCAAUGUCUUCAAAUUGCAAGGAAGGAGAUCCCUACUAAAUAUUAGGAAGAACUUCCUGACAGCUGGAGCUGUUCAGCAGUGGAAUGGGCUCCUUUGGAAGGUGAUGGAAUCUCCUUCAAGGGAGGUUUUUAAACAGAGGUUGGAUGGGGUCUGUCAGGGAGUCCUGCAUGCAAGCAGUUGGGCUGAUCCACCAAGGGGGCACCCAUGAAUCUGUGGCCGCUAGAUGGUGCUGGGAGACCUUUUUAACCAGCCACAGCUAAGGAGAUCUACUCUAGUUUAGCUGGGGAAGAGGAAUAGUUCACUUGCAUUUGGUUGUUCGGAAAAGACUUCCUUGAAUUCAGGCCAGUCACACUGAACCACUUUUAAGCCUCUCCCGUGCUCUUCAAGUGAAUGUAUGAAAGGCAUAAAUGCCUUUUAACAUGUGUUUAUAUUGGAGUUUUUAAAACUGUUUUGACAGCCAGGAGUGAGGAUUAACAGCCAUGUUUCUUAAACUUUGCUGUGGUAUUGUGGGUUUUUUUUAAAAAAAAGAAAUGCCCCCCUUAAAGAGCUGUACUCUCCUUGAAAUUUCAUGUUCAGUCCUCCACUAUGUUCCCCACAGGAUUGGACACAUUUAAUCUCCACAUUUUAAUCUGUAUGGAAGUGUGAUGGAGAAAGGCCUUCUCCGUUUAGCCAAUGCAGAUUUCCUUCUCUCUCCCUUCAUCCUGUCCUCCAAUGAAUCUGUCCAGAUGAGGAAUUUUUUUGGGUCAGUUUCACCAACGCUUUGGGGGCGGGGGGCGGGAAGAGUGGUUUCCCCUGGGGGAAAAGCAGCAGGACAAGUGUGGAUAAGCUCCUGUGAUGCUGUCAGGGCUUUCCCUGGACCUGAUCAACAUCCUUCUUUAAUAACAGGAGGCUACCUGUGCCUGACCACCCGGAGCAACAGGGGCAACCUGGAAUACAAGGCCCAACUGCAGCAAGUCCUGAACGAGCUGGAGCAGCGGGGACUGUGGCUAAAAGUCAUGGAGCAGGAAGUUGAGGCGUGGGAGCGGGCGACAUCGGAGAAGGAGUCUGCACAAGGUGUGGAGUAUAUUCCUGGCGUAGUGUACCUGUAUCAAAAGAGCCCUGUCUUGUGAGGAAAACCUGCCAUUCCUCUACUUGCUGAGAGACCCCGCAAGGCUGGAACUUUGCUAUCCAGUGGGUGGAGCAUUUAAUAAAGCAGUCUGUGCCUUUGAGCAUGUGCAGACUGCCUUUGGACACUAAAUAAUCACCGUGAACACCCUCCCCAGGCUUGUGCUUCUAUGGCCAUGGGACCUUCAUAUAUCUUAAAGGCAAAUUUCCUUAGGCUGGCCUUUUCCAACUUGGUACAGACACAUUGACGUCUUUUUGGACUACAACUCCCCUCAACCCCAGCUAGGACAGGCAGAUUUCAGUUUUCAUUGGGUCAGCCUUCCCUCAACCUCCUGCAGUGGCUCAGAUUCAGAACGUGGUAGAAAUUGGGUUCAAUUUGCAUUUAAAGCCCAGCUUAUCGAUGUCGCAUUUUCCAAAACAAUGUGAACUGAAGCACAGCUAUCCUUAGAAAUCUGCACUUCUCAGAGUUUUGCAAUGCCGCCAUGGCUUUCUCCCAAAGAAUUAUGGGAGCUGUAGUUUGUUAAGGGUGCUAAGAGUUGCUGGGAGAGGCCCCUAUUCCCCUCUCCCAGAUCUACGACUCCCAGAGCGGCUUAAUAGUCAACCCUUCUUCCCUGGGAACUAUAGUUCUCAGAGGGGAAUUGGAGGUCACCUAGCAACUGCACUCAUAACGAACCACACUUCCCAGUAUUCUUUGUGGGAAGCUAUGAGAGUUUAAUGUGGCACCGUAGUUCUUUAAAUGCAUGGUAUGAAUGGGGCGUCAAGGUUUCUGAGCAAAAUCAGUUUUCGGUGCAAUAAAAGGAAGUGUGUGGUGGUGAGGUUUUUUCCUUCAUUGUUCCUCAUUUGUAGCUCAGGCAAUAUACCCUUUGUUAGUUUGGCCCUGGUAUUGCUUCUCCUAGCAACCAAAAUAAGCAAACAUUUGUAGCUGGAAGGAUACCUGGUUAAGGACCUUGAAAAUGAACAGGAGAGCGGAGAGUCAUUGAGAAGGCAGGGAGGGCACCAGCCUUAAGAACAUAAAUGGAGCCUGCUGGAUCAGGCCAGUGGCCCAUCUAAUCCAGCAUCCUGUCCUCACAGUGGCUGAACAGAUCCCUGUGGGAAAAGCUGAGAGCAGGAUUUGAGCACAAGAG